GAGGGGGGGUCGGCGGCGAGGGCGCGCGUGGGCGCGCGCUGCUGGAGUGCGGCCGUCGGUUUGAAUUUGAAUUUGAACUUGAAGGGGAAGCCGUUGCGGGGCCGCGGGCCGUGCCAGGGCCAUGCCCAAGAACUGCGCGGUGACCGAGUGUUGGCGGCACGCAGGGCAGCUGGCGGCGGACAACCGGAAGAUCAGCUUCUAUAAGUUUCCAUCGAAUGACAAAGAAAGACUCGCACAAUGGCUUUCAAAUAUGAAAAGGGAGAAAUGGGUUCCAUCCCAGUACAGUACAUCUGCAGUGAACAUUUACUCCUGAAAGCUUUGAAUGGAGGGUGGGGGACACGAUACUUGAAGGCAGAUGCUGUACCUACAAUUUUUUCUUUCCCGGAGCAGCCUACGCAGAAAAGGAGAGCAGUUGCUCGAUCAAAUGGAAAUAAACGGCAAAAAAAGAGGUUGGAAGCUCAAAGCAAUGAAGAAGAACCAUUGCAGCAAAAGCAAACUGUUCCAGUUCAAUCUCCUGCAUUGACCGAGCCGAAUGCACUUACCGUCCUAACUCUGCCAACAGAAUCAACUUGUUUAACAGAGGCAGCUGCAUCAACUUCAGUAACUGAAUUUGAUAAGGUUAUUAUAUCCUCUGUAGAUCCAUGUGAUGAAUCUAUAUCUGAAACAAUCACACCAUCUACCACAUCUUUACCAAGUGUGGCAGCAAACUCCUUUGGCUCACUACAGAUAGCCAAAGAUGGACCAUCUCAAACUUUACUCGAAGAGCAAUCAGUGUUACCAUUUGAAAAUGUUGCAGCUAUUGAAACAGUUCAACUUGCAUCAACAUUGGCAUCAAUUGAUACUGUAGGAGCUACUGCAAUGAUGCCAUCUGUCGAAACUUUACAGUUUACACCAAUGCAGGCAUGUGAUGAACCAGAAUCAACGUUUACAUCGAUAGAAAUUGUACUACCAGCACAAGACCAACAAGACAUUGAAACAUUGUCAUCCUUCCAACAAGAGCCUCCAACACCAGUCCUAUCUACCAUUGCAACGCCUGCCUUUGAGAAUGUAACUGCUUUAGCGGUAGAGUCAACUUCCCAAGUGUUAUCGCCCACUAACCUGUCUUCUCAGACAUCACAUUUACUGACUGCGGCAACUGAGCCUUUGAAAUCCGUGUCUGCUUUCGAAACAGUGUUGACCUUACCCUCUACACUCAUUGUGCCAAUUAUGUCAACUCUGCCAGUUGUCCAAAGCCAUGCAGCUAUACCUCCUGAGCCAAUCAUUGCAGCAGUAGAAACAGUUAUGACCACACAAAGUGAUACACAGGAAGUACAGGGUGAACAUUCGUACUACAAAAAUGACCUCACCAUUGAACAACUUGAAGAGAUUGUUGCUAGCCUGCAGAAAAAAGUGAAAGUUAUACAGCAGCGAGAGAGGAGGAAUUCAGCCCGGCUAAAAGCCAUGGAAAAUCUUGUGAACCAACUGAAAAAGGAAAAUGUUAUAUCAGAGGAGAAGUUGAAAAUAAUGGAGAUGACCUGCUCACAGACAACUGCUCAGGUGAUGAAUACCUCCAGUACUGUCACAGUCACUUGUGAAGAUAAUGGCAAUAUAAUUUACACACUUCAACAGCCACCAAUUGAAGAAUGUGAUCAUGUUCUUUGAAGAUGUUCAGCUUCAAGAAUAAUUGCUUACUAAUCACUGCAACGGUUAUUGUGUGUUUGUUCAUGAAAAAAUAUUUUUUUAAAUGAAAGAUUAAAUUAUGUUUUAUUUCUACCAUUUCUCUGUUAUCAGCUUUCCUCAAUCCAGUUGCAGUGAUGAUCUUGACUAGAUGGAGUUUAAUGUGCAUGAAUGUUCAUAAACUUAAGAAAUUUUUGAGUCUUGCGAGGCCCUUGCGCUCUUUAUCCUCCUUGUGAUCGCUAUGUUUAUAACAGUUCUGAGAGCUAUAAUUCUCCAACUUGAAAACUUGUCUCAUUCUAUGGAAAAACAAGCUAUUUAUUCUGUUGAAUUGCUUGUUCCUACCAUUUAAAAUUCUGCAUAGCUUACUUUGGUUUGCCAGUUUUUUUUCCUUUGCUCUUCGGCUAAUGGUCUGGACUUCUUACUGGUGCUCACUCAUAUGUGAGCCUUAGUGAUGAGUAUUUUUAACCUGAUGGUUACAAUUAAUUACUUUCACUGAGGGACAGUUUUCCAGGACAUGGAAGGUUUGAAGUAGGUAAUAUAGCUGCAUCAGGAAAUGAUUAGUGUGUUCUUGGAUGGAGAUGAGAUCAAAAAAAUCUGUAAGAAGAAGAAUGCUCUUUUGCCGUUACUGUCAGCUAUGCUUCAGUGGUACCAUUCUCAGCCUAGUCAGAAGGUUGUGGAUCUGGGUCCCAUCCAAUAAACUUGAGUAUAUGUUGACACCCAAUGCUGCACUAUUGCAGAUAGUCUCUUGGGUGUAAUGUUAAUGCCACCUUCUCAGAUGCAGGUAAAACAUUAGAUGGCACUUUUUGAAAUAGAGCUGAGGAUUUCUUCCUGGCAUCCUGGAUAAUUUUUAUCCAAAAUGUGGAACAUUGUGUUCAAGUUAUUUAAGAUGAUUCCUAGAUUACACAAAUUAUACUGCCAAAACAAAGCACUAAAUUGACUGUAAAAUACUGAAGAUCAUUGUGCAUUUGUGAGACAUUUGUGGCUAUGUUUGCUCCAGACUGUUAAUAUUUUAUAUCUAACUAAGGAGAGUUAAAUAUCUCAGAAUCAAAAUCAGAAUCAUAUUUAUUACAAUUCAGGCAGGUUGCUACAGUAAUUCGUAGGGUGGGGAGGUGAAGAGAAUUAUUCUGAAUGGUAUUCAGUCCUUUCCUUAGAAAGGCAAGAAUAAGCUUGACUAUAGAGCUCCCCAGUUGAUGAAUAGUCAUCAUUUUCACUGUUCAGAUUAUCACAUACUUGCACCUGAAGCAAUAGCAGGAACAGUAGGAGAGGAAGUAAUUGAGAACAUGAAAGAAAUCAUGUUAUCUGGAAGCUAUUAGGCAAAGCAUUCCAGCACAAAAUAAAUGCAGAAACAUGUGUUAUAUUAUAAUGUAAGCAUUUGGAUAUUUAAUGAUUUCACUAAAUCUUGUGAGGUAAGAAAUGGUAUUUCAAUCAGUCUUGACUGAAUUGUCUUCUGAGUCGGAAGAUCAAAGUACGGACAGAAUUCUGUUUUGAUGGAAGAGCUGUCUUUCAGGUGCAUCAUUAAACUAGGACUCUGACUGACUUUGAUUGCGAACUUUGACAAGUCCCAUGGUAUUACUUUGAAGAGCAGCAGGGGGUUUAUCACUGAUGUUCUGUCCAAUGUUUAGUCUUCACAUAAUUUAAGAAAAUACAACUGAUCAUUUUCACACCAUUUGUGUGAUUUUGCUGUGUAUUUUGCAGUGUACUGCUGUCGCAAAACAACAAAUUUCACAUCAUCUGUCAGUGAUAAUAAAUUUCAUUCUGAUUCUGAUUCUGAAUUACCUGCCUUGUUUCCCACUUUGCAACAGUGACUGCUUUGAAAACACUGCAUUGGAUGUAAAGUACUUUAUGACGUCCUGAGGUUCAAAUGUGCUAUAAAAAUGUGUGGUGCCUUCUUUUCGCGUAUUCAUAACUGAAUCCAACUUUGUGGCAAUUCAUAUCUUCCCACAAUGGCACUAUCUUCACAUUCAGAGGGAGGAAAAAAAGUCCCAUCUAAGGAAUUAAUUUGUUUUUAGUAAAUAUCAUGUCCAACCUGAAUAAGAGAGCAUUAAGAUUCUAUGUCCUUAAACAGCUGUAUUGAAUUAACAACAUUUUGUUAAGAAAUAUUUAUAUAAUUAAUGCCUUCCGAUAUUCCAAAGCUCUUUACAGCCAGCAUACAGUGAAUUUAAAUGAUUUGUUGCUUUUAAAGUAAACACAUUGUAUACUAUGUGUUUUGCAUUGGUUUUCAAUGUUUUUCUUGAUGACUUGUGCUUUGCUCCCUACAUUUUGGCUGUCAAAUUUUUAGAUGAUUGGCCAAAGUGACAAUUUUGUUCAGCUGCUUUUACUAGGCUGCAUUCUUAAAAAAAAACAAUGUUGGGUUGAGUUUCCCAUAUUUGAUGGCUACUUGUUCACUUUGGAAUUGCUAGUGUUAACUAACAUUUUCUUAAAAUAUGGAAAGGGGAGCUUUAAUUAGGGUAAUACUAGGAAAAUGAGGACAGUGUGCCUGCACAGAGUUUGAGGCAGGACUGCCACCUCUCAGGGCAUUAAAAUUGUACAAUUUGUUGGCUUCCAAAAGCAGAGUAACUCAUUUAAACAAAUCUGUAAUUGCUGCAUCCUAAACGGUGCACA